UAGAGGAAAGAUACAUGGCAGAGGCAGAGAAAUCCGUGCGCCCCAAGUCAUCCAAUGUGUGGGAGCAUUUCACACUAAAUAAACAGAAAAAGUGUGUUAACUGCAAAAUAUGCAAAAGCGACAUGGCAUGGCACGGGAGCACCACGGCAAUGAUCCAGCACCUGAAACGCAAACAUGUUGGAGUCUUUGAUGAGGAGGAAGGGAGUUCAACAGCAGGAAAAAAACAGCAAACCAUGAGAGGCUUCUUGAUGGGAAAUGCAUCAUGUACACCACAGCAAGCCGCUAUCUUGACGGAUAGUAUCCUCAACAUGCUCGUUACUGACAUGAGGCCUCUGUCAAUGGUUGAAGAUGAUGGCUUCACUAAAAUGAUCCACACCUUGAACCCUGGUUACACUCUGCCCUCCAGGACUCACUUCACAAAGCUCAUGGAGAGAAAAUAUGAAGAGACAUUCAAAGAAGUGAAAACUGCAAUAAACACCAACAACAGCAAACUUGCUCUCACCACUGAUGUAUGGACAAGUGUAGCAACUGAAGCCUACCUUGGCAUUACAUGCCACUACAUCACAGAUGACUGGGACAUGCAGUCAUUCUGCCUCACCACCAUGCCACUGCAUGACAGACAUACUGCAUCUAACAUUGCAGAGUGGUUGGAGCAGGUAGUGGCCAGAUUUGAAAUUCCUCCUAGCAAAAUCAUUGCCAUAGUCCAUGACAAUGGUGCUAAUAUCGUGGCUGCAGCAAAUAUCCUGGAGGAGAAGCAUGGGUGGUCCUCUGUCCGUUGCACUGGCCAUACUUUGCAACUUGUGAUCAAUACUGCGUUGAAGCAUCCAAGCAUUGAAAAAGCUGUCGGGGCUGCAAGAUGUCUGGUAGAACAUUUUAAGAAAAGCGAGCUAGCCAGCAGUAAACUCAGAGAGAAACAACAACAAAUGGCCACACCAGAGCACAGCCUUGUUCAAGACAUAAGCACAAGGUGGAAUAGCACAUUCUAUAUGAUAAGUCGACUGCUUGAGCAAAGGUGGCCUGUAACAGCAACACUGUCCGACAGCUCUGUCACACAGAGAGGCAAAAGGUACCUGGAUCUGAAACCAGACCAGUGGAGCCUGCUGGAAGAGCUUUCAACAGUGCUCAAACCUUUUGAAUGUGUCACUGUGUUCAUGAGUGGACAGAAAUAUGCAACAAUAUCUGCAAUACCUCCACUUGUGAAGGGGCUGUUGAAGUCCACCCAGAGUGCUGUCUACGAGUCAGCCCCGCUGCGGGCUUUCCAACUCACUGCGGUGCAGCAGUUGCAGGAGAGAUGGAAAAGGGAGACUGCUUUCUCAGAUGGAGCACCAAACACAGUGAUUUUUGCGAUGGCCCUUGACCCAAGGUUUAAGAAACUGAGCAAGUUUCUUUCACCUGAUGAAAUCCUACUUGUUCAAACUAAACUGCAAACCAUGUUACUUGAAGAGAGUAGGAAGAUGGAUUUGCAGCAACAUGGCAGUGACAGUGUUGUUAUUACCUCCACCAAUACUACAGCUAAUGCAUCAACACCUCUAGUAGCCACUCUACUUGAUUCACUCCUUGGUUCUGAUGGUGAAGAAGAGGAUAGAGCAGGCGAAGCUGAGGAUGUCCACAGCCAAGUAAGGAACGAAGUCCUCACAUACUUUGGAGAAAAGAGCCUUGACAAGGAAGAAAACCCAUUAUUGUGGUGGAAGGCUAACAAUGAAAGAUAUCCCAUGUUGGCCAGGCUAGCAAAGUCUUACCUCUGCAUCCCUGCCACCUCAACACCAUCUGAGCGGCUGUUUUCUGCAGCAGGCAACAUAGCCUCAAAGAAAAGAGCAAGCCUGAGCCAGGAGCAUGUGGACAUGCUCACAUUUUUGCAUUGCAAUGCAAAGUGUCUGAACAAAGGGAGUGAGAGAGAGUAAGUGUGUGUGUG